AUGAUCUAUGGACCAGAUGCAUCAAAAUGUCCGAUAAAAAAACAAGUUUUAAAUGCUAGUAAAGAACCAUUAAUUGAUUUUGUUGAUGAAAUGAAGAUAUUCUUUCAUUUCUUAACAACAACUCAAGAUGGAACAAUAAUUGAUGAUUCUCGUAAAUAUAAAAAACCAAUGGAAAUAACUUUAGGUCAUAAAUUUAAACUUGAUUGUUGGGAAACAUGUUUAAAAACAAUGCGUCUAGGUGAAAUAGCAAAAUUUUCUGUGGAUAAAGAACUUGUAGAUGUUUAUCCAGUUGUAGCAAAACAAAUUCGAGAUUAUUAUAAAAAUCAAAUGAAAGAACAUAAACAUAAUGAUCAUGAGCAUGAAAAUCAUCAUUGUUGUGGUUUUAUGGCACUUGAACAAGGUCUUGGUCAUGAAGAUCUUGAUAAAUUAAUGCGAAAUCCAGAACCACUCGAUUUUACAUUUGAAUUAAUUAAAGUUUUACGUCCAGGUGAAUUUGAAAAAGACACAUAUUUAUUAAAUGAUGAAGAAAAACAACGUCAAAUACCGGAUUUAAAAUUAGCUGGAAAUAAUUUAUAUAAUGCUGGUAAAUAUGAAGAAGCUGCUAAUAAAUAUGGACAAGCUUUACAAUUUUUUGAAGAUCUUAUGCUCAAAGAAAAACCAAAUGAUGUUGAAUGGUGUAAUUUAGAUUUACAACGUCGUCCAUUAUUACUCAAUUUUAUUCAAUGUAAACUUAAAUUAGGUGAUUUUUAUUCGGCUAUUGAACAUGCAACAACAAUACUUGAUAAUGAUCCAACAAAUAUAAAAGCUCGUUAUCGUCGUGCUAAAGCUCAUGGUAGUGUAUGGAAUGUUGAAGAAGCAAAAAAUGAUUAUAAAUAUCUUCUUUCAAAUAUUAAAAAUGAUGAUAAUCUUCAUACAUUAGUUCAAUGUGAAUUACAACAAUUAAUUCAAGCUGAACAUGACAAAUAUAAAGAAGAUAAAUCACGUUUAUCUGGAAAACUUUUUUAG